AUGUCGCCGAACAUUACUCUCUUCGGAAGGAAAGCGUUCAUUGCUUUGUCAGAGGAUUUGGCAGAGACAGCACGCUGCGCCAUGGCUCUGGUGGGGACGGUGCCCGAGAUAUCGGAGGCCGAAUUUCGGAAGGUGAUUUCGAAACCCCUCAUCAAGAGCUCGGAUAUGCCGCCAGAGAUCGUUCAAGAAGCCGUAGAGAUUGUCACCAUGUCGGUCGACAAGUUCAUCAACGUCAAGAACUACGAGGCGGCAGCGCAAUUGAUCAAGAACUCGAUGGACAAGAAGUUUGGGGCGUCGUGGCACUGCGCCAUCGGGGAGGGGUUUGGGUUCGAGAUCACCUAUCAGCAAAGAAACAUGAUCUACAUCUUUUACGGCCAGAUCGGGGUGUUGACCUUCAAGUGCUGA